GAGACGUCCGCUUUCAGGGGACAAUUUGUUUUGGUCAAUACGAACUACGCAUUGUCACGCUGAGCCCAAGGUCCACCGCGGUACUUUAACCUACUGGUUAAACAACAACGAAUCUCUGGCAAACGUUAGCCAUAACUCCUCCUCCGAAGUCUGCUUUUCACCACCCCUCUCCUUUGGGGCCACCACCCCCUUCGUCGACCACAGAAGCUAGUGAGCUAGUUAGCAAACAAGCUAGCGCUUACCAGACACUUAUUACCCAUGUCCUCGGAAGAAAGCCUGAGUUUAACGAUCACGGAUUGGCUUUUUGUUAAUUCCUGGUGGCUCCUCUUGCCAUUCAUCAUGCUGCUGGUGAUCGCCGCAUUCAUCGUUGCAUUUGUGCUGCUGUUAUACAUGAUAUCGCCCCUUAUUAGCCCCAAACCCCUGAAACUGAACGGGGCCCACGUCGUGGUGACUGGAGGCUCAAGCGGAAUUGGGAAAUGCAUAGCAAUGGAGUGCUACAGACAAGGAGCUUUCAUUACUUUGGUGGCAAGGGAUGAGACUAAAUUGCUUCAAGCCAAGAAAGAAGUCGAGAAAUUUGCCAUUAAUGACAAACAGGUGGUGCUCUGCAUAUCAGUGGAUGUUUCCAGUGACUACAGUCAAGUGGAAAGUGUUAUUAAACAGGCUCAAGAGAAGCUGGGUCCUGUUGAUAUGCUUGUUAAUUGUGCCGGAUCGUCUUUUUCUGGAAAGUUUGAGGAAGUAGAGGUUGAUCGUUUCAAGAGGCUGAUGGAGGUGAACUACUUGGGCAGCGUCUAUCCGACGCGUGCCGUCAUCACCACCAUGAAGGAGCGAAGAAUGGGUCGUAUCAUGUUUGUUUCUUCCCAGGCGGGCCAGAUCGGCCUUUUUGGUUACACUGCUUAUUCCCCAUCUAAGUUUGCCCUGCGCGGGUUAGCCGAGUCACUGCAGAUGGAGAUAAAGCCGUACAAUAUUUACGUGACGGUGGCCUACCCACCAGAUACAGACACCCCAGGGUUAGCAGAGGAAAACAAGACAAAGCCGCUGGAAACCAGAUUAAUCUCUGAAACCUCAGGUGUUUGUCAGCCAGACCAAGUGGCAAAGAUUAUCGUUCGAGAUGCAGUGCAGGGGAACUUUAACAGCUCUGUGGGUCCAGAUGGGUACAUGCUGUCAGCUCUCACCUGUGGGAUGUCACCCGUCACCUCCAUCACAGAGGGUCUCCAGCAGAUUGUCACCAUGGGCCUGUUCCGCACCAUCGCCCUAUUCUACCUGGGAAGUUUUGACAGCAUCGUGCGGCGCUGCAUGAUUCAGAGGGAACAGUCCAAGGCGGCGGACAAGAGAGAGUAACCCCCUUCGAACCAGCCCAGGACAGCAGCUAUCCACUAUCCAUCUUCGUGUGUGUGUCCCCUCUCCCACCAUGACGCUUAUUGUCAUGGGAGCAGCCUUACUUUCCCACAGGUGUGUUUAUUUGUAAUGAAGGGAGGUGAUCGUACACAUUAGCAGGCGUCCUCUCACAGGAAAAGCAAUAUCCUGUCGGACCGGUUGUGCCAAAUAUGGCCAGAAAUUCCCUCCCUCGGGAGCUGUAGUCAUAACAAGACAGGUGAGUAAGUCACCUUUUUGUCCUAACCUUGCAUGCAUCAGAAAAACAUGUUAUAAAUGUAUAGUUUCACCUAAUAGGAAUCGUCCGCAACCUUUUUCCGAGUCUUUGCAGGCAAAGACCACUCCUAAUAACGUGGUUUUGUUUUUGUGCGCACACAUCUUCUGUGGUGUAAUUCGCGUGUUUUAUUUUUAGUACAAAUAUAAUUUUAGUAAGAAAGAAGGAGAGAGUUUUAACCAUGUUUCCACCAGGCAGUCCAGUUCUUCGCCAUGGUAACAAAUUGGCUGAGCUGAGUGUUUCCAUAUCAGUGCUGUUGCCACUUGAACAAAAAUGGUACCCAACAGGGGUAUGGUUGCUUUUUAAAUUGCAAAAAAGGACAUUCCGUAACCGCUUGGUGGAAACAGGACGCUUAAGUGUUCCCAUGUGUGCUACGACUGAGCCAGCCGUCGGCGAGAGAAAAGCCAUUUACCAUCUCGUUCCAUUACAUCCCUCUUUAUUUAACCAGGUACUAUUAUUUCAAGCAGUCAUGUGACUGGAAGCUCAGGUGACUGUUACUGAUCACCUCAACUAUAUUGUAAAUAUUGUCUUUUGCUUAUUCUCUCUACAUAAGGAGGCGUACAUGCAGUUUUUUAUGUGUCAUUGCACAUAUUCCACCAUGCCAGUGUCGAUCAGCGUUGACCUAAAUCAGGGCAGAGAGUCGCUGGUCGAGUAAUGCCCCAGUAGGUCCAGUGAGGGCGCUAGAGAUUUGCUUUACAUGCAAACCCUGCACAAAAGCUCAAUUGUCACAUUUCCCUUGGAAAUAGCAUCAAAGCUUUGCGUAAUAGUGUUUACCUUAGAGGAAAAAAAGUACAACCUAAAGUUGUGUGAGCCGGUGAGAAUGUACUUUCCAUAGGGUUUUUUUGUUUUUUUUUAUUACGCCGAUAUUUGCCAAAAUGUGUUAAGACGAUUCUUUUAAGAUUUUUGUGGCCGCUGCAUGGCGAGCCGUUCUAAGCCUUAAGACGUGACUACUGAUCAAACGACAGGAAAGUGUGGCCUGACACGUGUAUAGUUUAUUAGUUGUAUCACAUUUUCACUGUAAACCGCCAACUUUUCUUGUCUUUGUGUGACUAGUUUGUCAAUAAUAGAAGAAGAAGAAAAAAAAAAGAAGCCUUAGAGGAACUCGAAAAAUGAGAGUGAGAAACCAUGACUCGUGUUUGACGAUGUUCUCAUUUGAUUUUGGCUUCAAGGCGUGCAAAGCUUCUGUCACGUGUUGCUUUCAAACUCUUUCAUUGUCUGGAUGUAGCGACACUGUAGGUGAUAGAACAUGUAGCUUGUCAUUUUAACACUGUUAAGCUAUGCAAAGCUAAGCCUGCGCCUACAAUGUGUUUGAGCAUUUACAGUUAGGAUUACUAACAGGCUGGUUGCCAUGCACCAUUAAAAAAAACAGCUCUUACUUUAAAGUAUUUGUUUUUCUUUAUUUCCUGUCGAAACUUUUACCCCCUUUCACCUAGUGUGCCAUGGAAAUCAAACUGUCAGAAAUAUGGAACAUGUGUCUUGUCUUAUUUCUGACAUGUUGAACUGAAUAAAUACAUGUG